AUGACGUGUCAAGCCACGACUCGGGACUCCCGCAGCACUGCCACAGAUACUGCGCAGACUCGGGACUCCAGCAGCACUGCCACCGAUACUGCGCAGACUCGGGACUCCCGCAUCACUGCCACCGAUACUGCGCAGACUCGGGACUCCCGCAGCACUGUCCAGAUACUGCGCAGACUCGGGACUCCCGCAGCACUGCCACCGAUACUGCGCAGACUCGGGACUCCCGCAACACUGCCACCGAUACUGCGCAGACUCGGGACUCCCGCAGCACUGUCCAGAUACCUCGCAGACUCGGGACUCCCGCAACACUGCCACCGAUACUGCGCAGACUCGGGACUCCCGCAGCACUGUCCAGAUACUGCGCAGACUCGGGACUCCCGCAGCACUGCCACCGAUACCUCGCAGACUCGGGACUCCCGCAACACUGCCACCGAUACUGCGCAGACUCGGGACUCCCGCAGCACUGUCCAGAUACCUCGCAGACUCGGGACUCCCGCAACACUGCCACCGAUACUGCGCAGACUCGGGACUCCCGCAGCACUGUCCAGAUACCUCGCAGACUCGGGACUCCCGCAACACUGCCACCGAUACUGCGCAGACUCGGGACUCCCGCAGCACUGCCACCGAUACUGCGCAGACUCGGGACUCCCGCAACACUGCCACCGAUACUGCGCAGACUCGGGACUCCCAGAGAUUUUGUAGUGUGGAGAACUGCCAUUCAGUAUGUUCCGAUUUAGUUCAACACUAGAGGUCGCUCCCGAACGAGUCCGAAAUGAAUGGGGUUUUGGGCUGCAAGACGGUAGCGUUGCUGCCACUGAGUUCUGAUUGGUUGAUGAGCGGAUCAGCUCACUGGCCGUUGGCUUACUGAGGUUAUGAACGUUCAGGUAGCCUGUUUUAAAUUUCUGUAACUCGAGUUUAAAAGUGUUCCUCUACAAGUUCUCUGCUAAGGCGUCUUUCCACUGCACAUUCAAAAACAAGAACUCACCUAAAAGGACCCAACAGAACUUUCGGUACCUGCUUCAAAGAGAACCAUUGUUUAAUAUUUCAUUCAUCUUUUAGGUCAUUUUAUGCCUUUAAUGUGGCUUGGUAAUUAGCCAUGUUGUUUUAGCGUAACAUGCCAUGCUGAACUGAAAUAAUAAAGUGGACUUUUCUGCGCUGCACAGAAUAAUUCAGUCAACACUCUUUCUAUGAAGGCUAAAAUAAAUGCUAAUGGUGUUAGCUCAGUGAACUCUUUACAAAUAAUUAAAAAAUAUCAGUGUAGCCUAAAAUUAUUCCACCCCCAUCAUAAAUUCAGUGUACAGGGCUGAAAUUCUCAUUGUUAUUUUGCACUUCAGGUUACUGAAGUAAGGAAAAAGAACAAGAAAAAAAACAGUUUAGUGGUAUUAAUCAGGAUUGUGCUCGCUACGGCAGCACAUAUACUAAAAUUGGAUCGAUACAGAGAAGAUUAGCAUGGCCCCUGCGAAAGGAUGACACGCAAAUCCGUGAAGCGCUCCAUAUUU